AUGGCGCAAGUAUUACUCGACCUGCUCUAUUCCUUUGGCAACUGCCUCAACUGCUUCCCCGGUUCGCCAACUCUCAAGAUCAAUGGCCGGAAUUUCAAGAUCCUACGCUUACUAGGCGAGGGCGGCUUCUCUUACGUGUACCUCGUCCAAGACACCUCCACCGAAUCCCUCUAUGCCCUCAAAAAGAUCCGCUGCCCCUUCGGCGCCGAGUCGGUCGCCCAGGCCAUGAGAGAAGUCGAGGCCUACCGCCUCUUCGCCAACACGCCCGGCAUCAUCCACGCCGUCGACCACGCCGUCGCCACCGACCGCGGCGGAGAGCCCGACAGCAAAACCGUCUACGUCCUGCUCCCCUACUUCAAGCGCGGCAACCUCCAGGACAUGAUCAACGCCAACGCCGUCAACCAUGCCCAAUUUCCCGAGCGCCGCCUCAUGCUGCUCUUCCUCGGCGUCUGCCGCGCCCUCAAGAGCAUGCACCAGUACCGCGCCCGCCCCGUCGCCAUCGAGAGGAUGGAAAUGGGCCACGGCGACGAAGACGACCAGGGUCACGGCCCCCGUCCCACCACCGCCGCCCGGGGCGGCCAGCGCGUCACGAGCGCCCGCGCCGCCGUGCCGGACGACCAGGACGAAGGCGAGCAGCAGCGGCCCCUGAUAGAGUCGUCCGAGGGCGCCCCCGCCGGCGAGCAGAGGUCGUACGCCCACCGCGACAUCAAGCCCGGCAACAUCAUCAUCUCGGACGACGGCGCCGAGCCCAUCCUCAUGGACCUGGGCUCCGUCGCCGCCUCGCCGCUGCCCAUCACCUCGCACUCCCUCGCCAUCCAGACCCAGGACACCGCGGCCGAGCACAGCACCAUGCCCUACCGCGCCCCGGAGCUCUUCGACGUCCAGACCGGCACCGUCAUCGACACCAAGGUCGACAUCUGGUCCCUCGGCUGCACCCUCUACGCCUGCCUCGUCGGCAAGUCGCCCUUCGAGGCCCGCUCCGACGAGACCGGCGGCACCCUCAGUCUCUGCAUCCUCGGCGGCGAUUGGCGGUUUCCUGACGAGGGGCUGCAGCGGACCGGCACUGGCGCUCUCAACAAGGGGAAGGCCAGGGCCGUCGAUGGGGCGGGUGCGGGUGCGGGUGCGGGUGCGGGUGGUGGUGGCGCUGCGAAUGGAUCGGCCGGCCGCCCUCCCAUCAGCGAACCCGUCCGCGACGUCGUCAGGCGGUGUCUCCGCGUCGAACCGGCCGAGAGGCCCGAUAUUGACGAGCUCAUCGACAUUGUCGAGAGGGUUAUUGACGAACUGCCCGAAGAUGAUGCAUGA